ACUCCCUGAGGUCUGUCCUGGGGAGACACUGCUGCUCCGGGGGGCUGACCUGGCGGGGAGUGGCCGCGCAGUCUGCUCCGGCGCCGCUUUGUGCGCGCAGCCGCUGGCCCCUCUACUCCCGGGUCUGCCCCCCGGGACACCCCCCUGCCCCGCCCAAGUCAUGCAGCCCUACCUGCCUCUCCACUGUGGACCUUUGGGAACCGACUCCUCACCUCGGGGGCUCGGGCCUUGACUGUGCUGGGAGCCGGUAGGCGUCCUUCCCGACCCGCCCGCGCCCCUCGCGCCCUCCGGGGCCCCGGGCUCCAAAGUUGUGUGGAUCGGCGCGAGUUGGAAAGUUUGCCCGAGGGCUGGUGCAGGCUUGGAGCUGGGGGCCAUGCGCUGCCCUGGGAGUGUGAUCCGGCCAGCGACCAAAACCUUGUGUGACUGAGCUGAAGAGCAGUGCAUCCAGAUUCUCCUCAGAAGUGAGACUUUCCAAAGGACCAAUGACUCUGUUUCCUGUGCCCUUUCAUUUUUUCCUACUCUGUAGCUAUGUCUCGAUCCCGCCAUGCAAGGCCUUCCAGAUUAGUCAGGAAGGAAGAUGUAAACAAAAAAAAGAAAAACAGCCAACUACGAAAGACAACCAAGGGAGCCAACAAAAAUGUGGCAUCAGUCAAGACUUUAAGCCCUGGAAAAUUAAAGCAAUUAAUUCAAGAAAGAGAUGUUAAGAAAAAAACAGAACCUAAACCACCCAUGCCAGUCAGAAGCCUUCUGACAAGAGCUGGAGCAGCACGCAUGAAUUCGGAUAGGACUGAGGUUCUUUUUCAGAACCCAGAGUCCUUAACCUGCAAUGGGUUUACAAUGGCGCUACGAAGCACCUCUCUUAGCAGGCGACUCUCCCAACCCCCACUGGUCAUAGCCAAAUCCAAAAAGGUUCCACUUUCUAAGGGUUUAGAAAAGCAACAUGAUUGUGAUUAUAAGAUACUCCCUGAUUUGGGAGUAAAGCACUCAGAAAAUAAUUCGGUUCCAGUGCAAGACACCCAAGUCCUUCCUGAUAUAGAGACUCUAAUUGGUGUACAAAAUCCCUCUUUACUUAAAGGUAAGAGCCAAGAGACAACUCAGUCUUGGUCCCAAAGAGUUGAGGAUUCCAAGAUCAAUAUCCCUACCCACAGUGGCCCUGCAGCUGAGAUCCUUCUUGGGCCACUGGAAGGGACACGCUGUGGUGAAGGACUAUUCUCUGAAGAGACAUUGAAUGAUACCAGUGGUUCCCCAAAAAUGUUUGCUCAGGACACAGUGUGUGCUCCUUUUCCCCAAAGAGCAACCCCCAAAGUUACCUCUCAAGGAAACCCCAGCAUUCAGUUAGAAGAGUUGGGUUCACGAGUAGAAUCUCUUAAGUUAUCUGAUUCUUACCUGGAUCCCAUUAAAAGUGAACAUGAUUGCUACCCCACCUCCAGUCUUAAUAAGGUUAUACCUGACUUGAACCUUAGAAACUGCUUGGCUCUUGGUGGGUCUACGUCUCCUACCUCUGUAAUAAAAUUCCUCUUGGCAGGCUCAAAACAAGCGACCCUUGGUGCUAAACCAGAUCAUCAAGAGGCCUUCAAAGCUACUGCAAAUCAACAGGAAGUUUCUGAUACCACCUCUUUCCUAGGACAGGCCUUUGGUGCUAUCCCACAUCAAUGGGAACUUCCUGGUGCUGACCCAGUUCAUGGUGAGGCCCUGGGUGAGACCCCAGAUCUACCAGAGAUUCCUGGUGCUAUUCCAGUCCAAGGAGAGGUCUUUGGUACUAUUUUAGACCAACAAGAAACUCUUGGUAUGAGUGGGAGUGUUGUCCCAGACUUGCCUGUCUUCCUUCCUGUUCCUCCAAAUCCAAUUGCUACCUUUAAUGCUCCUUCCAAAUGGCCUGAGCCCCAAAGCACUGUCUCAUAUGGACUUGCAGUCCAGGGUGCUAUACAGAUUUUGCCUUUGGGCUCAGGACACACUCCUCAAUCAUCAUCAAACUCAGAGAAGAAUUCAUUACCUCCAGUAAUGGCUAUAAGCAAUGUAGAAAAUGAGAAGCAGGUUCAUAUAAGCUUCCUGCCAGCUAACACUCAGGAGUUCCCAUUAGCCCCUGAGAGAGGACUCUUCCAUGCUUCACUGGGUGUGGCCCAACUCUCUCAGGCUGGUCCUAGCAAAUUAGACAGAGGGAACUCCCAGGUCAGUGUAACCAGCACAGUUCAUGUUGUCAACACCACAGUGGUGACUAUGGCAGUGCCAAUGGUCAGUACCUCCUCUUCUUCCUAUACCACUUUGCUACCCACUUUGGAAAAGAAGAAAAGAAAGCGAUGUGGGGUCUGUGAACCCUGCCAGCAGAAGACCAACUGUGGUGAAUGUACUUACUGCAAGAACAGAAAGAACAGCCAUCAGAUCUGUAAGAAAAGAAAAUGUGAGGAGCUGAAAAAGAAACCAUCUGUUGUUGUGCCUCUGGAGGUUAUAAAGGAAAACAAGAGGCCCCAGAGGGAAAAGAAGCCCAAAGUUUUAAAGGCAGAUUUUGACAACAAACCAGUAAAUGGCCCCAAGUCAGAAUCCAUGGACUACAGUAGAUGUGGUCAUGGGGAAGAACAAAAAUUGGAAUUGAACCCACAUACUGUUGAAAAUGUAACUAAAAAUGAAGACAGCAUGACAGGCAUCGAGGUGGAGAAGUGGACACAAAACAAGAAAUCACAGUUAACUGAUCAUGUGAAAGGAGAUUUUAGUGCUAAUGUCCCAGAAGCUGAAAAAUCGAAAAACUCUGAAGUUGACAAGAAACGAACCAAAUCUCCAAAAUUGUUUGUACAAACGGUAAGAAAUGGCAUUAAACAUGUACACUAUUUGCCAGCUGAAACAAAUGUUUCAUUUAAAAAAUUCAAUAUUGAAGAAUUCGGCAAGACAUUGGAAAACAAUUCUUAUAAAUUCCUAAAAGACACUGCAAACCAUAAUAACGCUAUGAGCUCCGUUGCUACUGAUAUGAGUUGUGAUCAUCUCAAGGGGAGAAGUAACGUUUUAGUAUUCCAGCAGCCUGGCUUUAACUGCAGUUCCAUUCCACAUUCUUCACACUCCAUCAUAAAUCGUCAUGCCAGUAUACACAAUGAAGGUGAUCAACCAAAAACUCCUGAGAAUAUGCCAAGUAAAGAACCAAAACAUAGAUCUCCCGUUCAACCAAGUCUCUUAUCAUUAAUGAAAGAUAGGAGAUUAACGUUGGAGCAAGUGGUAGCCAUAGAAGCCCUGACUCAACUCUCAGAAGCCCCAUCAGAGAAUUCCUCCCCAUCAAAGUCAGAGAAAGAUGAAGAAUCAGAGCAGAGAACAGCCAGUUUGCUUAAUAGCUGCAAAGCUAUCCUCUACACUGUAAGAAAAGACCUCCAAGACCCAAACUUACAGGGAGAGCCACCAAAACUUAAUCACUGUCCAUCUUUGGAAAAACAAAGUUCAUGCAACACGGUGGUUUUCAAUGGGCAAACUACUACCCUUUCCAACUCACAUAUCAGCUCAGCUACUAACCAAGCAUCCACAAAGUCACAUGAAUAUUCAAAAGUCACAAAUUCAUUAUCUCUUUUUAUACCAAAAUCAAAUUCAUCCAAGAUUGACACCAAUAAAAGUAUUGCUCAAGGGAUAAUUACUCUUGACAGUUGUUCCAAUGAUUUGCAUCAGUUGCCACCAAGAAAUAAUGAAGUGGACUAUUGCAACCAGUUACUGGACAGCAGCAAAAAAUUGGACUCAGAUGAUCUAUCAUGUCAGGAUGCAACCCAUACUCAAAUUGAGGAAGAUGUUGCAACACAGUUGACACAACUUGCUUCGAUAAUUAAGAUCAAUUAUAUAAAACCAGAGGACAAAAAAGUUGAAAGUACACCAACAAGCCUUGUCACAUGUAAUGUACAGCAAAAAUACAAUCAGGAGAAGGCCACAAUACAACAGAAACCACCUUCAAGUGUACACAAUAAUCAUGGUUCAUCAUUAACAAAGCAGAAGAACCCAACCCAGAAAAAGACAAAAUCCACUCCAUCAAGAGAUAGGCGGAAAAAGAAGCCCACAGUUGUAAGUUAUCAAGAAAAUGAUCGGCAGAGGUGGGAAAAGUUGUCCUAUAUGUAUGGCACAAUAUGCGACAUUUGGAUAGCAUCGAAAUUUCAAAAUUUUGGGCAAUUUUGUCCACAUGAUUUUCCUACUGUAUUUGGGAAAAUUUCUUCCUCGACCAAAAUAUGGAAACCACUGGCUCAAACGAGGUCCAUUAUGCAACCCAAAACAGUAUUUCCUCCACUCACUCAGAUAAAAUUACAGAGAUAUCCUGAAUCAGCAGAGGAAAAGGUGAAGGUUGAACCAUUGGAUUCACUCAGCUUAUUUCAUCUUAAAACGGAAUCCAACGGGAAGGCAUUCACUGAUAAAGCUUAUAAUUCUCAGGUACAGUUAAUGGUGAAUGCCAAUCAGAAAGCCCAUCCUUUGACCCAGCCCUCCUCUCCACCUAACCAGUGUGCUAACGUGAUGGCAGGCGAUGACCAAAUACGGUUUCAGCAGGUUGUUAAGGAGCAACUCAUGCAUCAGAGACUGCCAGCAUUGCCUGGUAUCUCUCAUGAAACACCCUUACCGGAGUCAGCACUAACUCUCAGGAAUGUAAAUGUAGUGUGUUCAGGUGGAAUUACAGUGGUUUCUACCAAAAGUGAAGAGGAGGUCUGUUCAUCCAGUGUUGGAACAUCACAAUUUUCCACAGUGGACAGUGCACAGAAAAAUUUUAAUGAUUAUGCCAUGAACUUCUUUACUAACCCUACAAAAAACCUAGUGUCUAUAACUAAAGAUUCUGAACUGCCCACCUGCAGCUGUCUUGAUCGAGUUAUACAAAAAGACAAAGGCCCAUAUUAUACACACCUUGGGGCAGGACCAAGUGUUGCUGCUGUCAGGGAAAUCAUGGAGAAUAGGUAUGGUCAAAAAGGAAACGCAAUAAGGAUAGAAAUAGUAGUGUACACCGGUAAAGAAGGGAAAAGCUCUCAUGGGUGUCCAAUUGCUAAGUGGGUUUUAAGAAGAAGCAGUGAUGAAGAAAAAGUUCUUUGUUUGGUCCGGCAGCGUACAGGCCAUCACUGUCCAACUGCUGUGAUGGUGGUGCUCAUCAUGGUGUGGGAUGGUAUCCCUCUUCCAAUGGCCGACCGGCUAUACACAGAGCUCACAGAGAAUCUAAAGUCAUACAAUGGGCACCCUACCGACCGAAGAUGCACCCUCAAUGAAAAUCGUACCUGUACAUGUCAAGGAAUUGAUCCAGAGACUUGUGGAGCUUCAUUCUCUUUUGGCUGUUCAUGGAGUAUGUACUUUAAUGGCUGUAAGUUUGGUAGAAGCCCAAGCCCCAGAAGAUUUAGAAUUGAUCCAAGCUCUCCCUUACAUGAAAAAAACCUUGAAGAUAACUUACAGAGUUUGGCUACACGAUUAGCUCCAAUUUAUAAGCAGUAUGCUCCAGUAGCUUACCAAAAUCAGGUGGAAUAUGAAAAUGUUGCCCGAGAAUGUCGGCUUGGCAGCAAGGAAGGUCGUCCCUUCUCUGGGGUCACUGCUUGCCUGGACUUCUGUGCUCACCCGCACAGGGACAUUCACAACAUGAAUAAUGGAAGCACUGUGGUUUGUACUUUAACUCGAGAAGAUAACCGCUCUUUGGGUGUUAUUCCUCAAGAUGAGCAGCUCCAUGUGCUACCUCUUUAUAAGCUUUCAGACACAGAUGAGUUUGGCUCCAAGGAAGGAAUGGAAGCCAAGAUCAAAUCUGGGGCCAUCGAGGUCCUGGCACCCCGCCGCAAAAAAAGAACGUGUUUCACUCAGCCUGUUCCCCGUUCUGGAAAGAAGAGGGCUGCGAUGAUGACGGAGGUUCUUGCACAUAAGAUAAGGGCAGUGGAGAAGAAACCUAUUCCCCGAAUCAAGCGGAAGAAUAACUCAACAACAGCAAACAACAGUAAGGCUUCAUCACUGCCAACCUUAGGGAGUAAAUCUGAGACUGUGCAACCCGAAGUAAAAAGUGAAACCGAACCCCAUUUUAUCUUAAAAAGUUCAGACAACACUAAAACUUAUUCGCUGAUGCCAUCCGCUCCUCACCCAGUGAAAGAGGCAUCUCCAGGCUUCUCCUGGUCCCCGAAGACUGCUUCAGCCACACCAGCUCCACUGAAGAAUGACGCAACAGCCUCAUGCGGGUUUUCAGAAAGAAGCAGCACUCCCCACUGUACGAUGCCUUCGGGAAGACUCAGUGGUGCCAAUGCAGCUGCUGCUGAUGGCCCUGGCAUUUCACAGCUUGGUGAAGUUGCUCCUCUCCCCACCCUGUCUGCUCCUGUGACGGAGCCCCUCGUUAAUUCUGAGCCUCCCACUGGUGUGACUGAGCCGCUAACGUCUCAUCAGCCAAACCACCAGCCCUCCUUCCUCACCUCUCCUCAAGACCUUGCCUCUUCUCCAAUGGAAGAAGAUGAGCAGCAUUCUGAAGCAGAUGAGCCUCCAUCAGACGAACCCCUAUCUGAUGACCCCCUGUCACCUGCUGAGGAGAAACUGCCCCACAUUGAUGAGUAUUGGUCAGACAGUGAGCACAUCUUUUUGGAUGCAAAUAUUGGUGGGGUGGCCAUCGCACCUGCUCACGGCUCGGUUUUGAUUGAGUGUGCCCGGCGAGAGCUGCACGCUACCACUCCUGUUGAGCACCCCAACCGUAAUCAUCCAACCCGCCUCUCCCUUGUCUUUUACCAGCACAAAAACCUGAAUAAGCCCCAACACGGUUUUGAACUAAACAAGAUUAAGUUUGAGGCUAAAGAAGCUAAGAAUAAGAAAAUGAAGGCCUCAGAGCAAAAAGACCAGGCAGCUAAUGAAGGUCCAGAACAGUCCUCUGAAGUAAAUGAAUUGAACCAAAUUCCUUCCCAUAAAGCAUUAACAUUAACCCAUGACAAUGUUGUCACCGUGUCCCCUUAUGCUCUCACACAUGUUGCGGGGCCCUAUAACCAUUGGGUCUGAAGGCUUUUCUCCCCCUCUUAAUGCCUUUGCUAGUGCAGUGUAUUUUUUCAAGGUGCUGUUAAAAGAAAGUCAUGUUGUCGUUUACUAUCUUCAUCUCACCCAUUUCAAGUCUGAGGUAAAAAAAUAAUAAUGAUAACAAAACGGGGUGGGUAUUCUUAACUGUGACUAUAUUUUGACAAUUGGUAGAAGGUGCACAUUUUAAGCAAAAAUAAAAGUUUUAUAGUUUUAAAUACAUAAAGAAAUGUUUCAGUUAGGCAUUAACCUUGAUAGAAUCACUCAGUUUGGUGCUUUAAAUUAAGUCUGUUUACUAUGAAACGAGUCAUUUUUAGAGGAUUUUAACAGGUUCAUGUUCUAUGAUGUAAAAUCAAGACACACAGUGUUAACUCUACACAGCUUCUGGUGCUUAACCACAUCCACACAGUUAAAAAUAAGCUGAAUUAUUAUUUCAUGGUGCCAUUGUUCCAACAUCUUCCAAUCAUUGCUAGAAAAUUGGCAUAUUCCUUUGAAAUAAGCUUAUGAAAUGUUUUCUCUCUUAAAAUAUUUCUCCUGUGUAAAAUAAAUCAUUGUUGUUAGUAAUGGUUGGAGGCUGUUCAUAAAUUGUAAAUACAUAUUUUAAAAGCACUUUCUAUUUUUUAAAGUAACUUGAAAUAAUAUAGUAUAAAAAUCCUAUUGUCUAUUGUUUGUGCAUAUUUGCAUACAAGAGAAAUCAUUUAUCCUUGCUGUGUAGAGUUCCAUCUUGUUAACUGCAGUAUGUAUUCUAAUCAUGUAUAUGGUUUGUGUUCUUUUACUGUGUCCUCUCACAUUCAAGUAUUAGCAACUUGCAGUAUAUAAAAUAGUUAGAUAAUGAGAAGUUGUUAAUUAUCUUAAAAUUGGAAUUAGGAAGCAUAUCACCAAUAUUGAUUAACAUUCUCUUUGGAACUAGGUAAGAGUGGUCUCUUCUUAUUGAACAACCUCAAUUUAGUUUCAUCCCACCUUUCUCAGUAUAAUCCAUGAGAGGUGUUUCCAAAAGGAGAUGAGGGGACAGGAUAGGUUUCAGAAGAGUCAAAUGCUUCUAAUGUUUCAAGGUGAUAAAAUACAAAAACUAAGUAGACAGACAUUUGUACUGAAGUCUGAUACAGAAUUAGAAAAAAAAAAAUUCUUGUUGAAAUAUUUUGAAAACAAAUUCCCUACUAUCAUCACAUGCCUCCCCAACCCCAAGUCAAAAACAAGAGGAAUGGUACUAUAAACAUGGCUUUGUCCAUUAAGAGCUAAUUCAUUUGUUUAUCUUAGCAUACUAGAUUUGGGAAAAUGAUAACUCAUCUUUUCUGAUAAUUGCCUAUGUUCUAGGUAACAGGAAAAUAGGCUUUAAGUUUAUUUUAGUCUUCCCAUUUUCUUCCUAUUAUUUUAUUGACUCAUUUUAUUGCAAAACAAAAAGGAUUACCCAAACAACAUGUUUCGAACAAGGAGAAUUUUCAGUGAAAUACUUGAUUCUGUUAAAAUGCAGAGGUGCUAUAACAUUCAAAGUGUCAGAUUCCUUGGGAGUAUGGAAAACCUAAUGGUGCUUCUCCCUUGGAAAUGCCAUAGGAAGCCCACAACCGCUAACACUUACAAUUUUGGUGCAAAAGCAAACAGUUCCAGCAGGCUCUCUAAAGAAAAACUCAUUGUAACUUAUUAAAAUAAUAUAUGGUGCAAAGUAUCUGUUUUGAGCUUUUGACUAAUCCAAGUAAAGGAAUAUGAAGGGAUUGUAAAUAACAAAAUGUCCAGUGAUAGACCAUCGUGUACAAGUAGAUUUCUGCUUGUUGAAUAUGUAAAAUAGGGUAAUUCAUUGACUUGUUUUAGUAUUUUGUGUGCCUUAGAUUUCCGUUUUAAGACAUGUAUAUUUUUGUGAGCCUAAGGUUUCUUAUAUACAUAUAAGUAUAUAAAUAAGUGAUUGUUUAUUGCUUCAGCUGCUUCAACAAGAUAUUUACUAGUAUUAGACUAUCAGGAAUACACCCUUGUGAGAUUAUGUUUUAGAUUUUAGGCCUUAGCUCCCACUAGAAAUUAUUUCUUCACCAGAUUUAAUGGAUAAAGUUUUAUGGCUCUUUAUGCAUCCACUCAUCUACUCAUUCUUCAAGUCUACACUUAUUGAAUGCCUGCAAAAUCUAAGUAUCACUUUUAUUUUUCUUUGGAUCACCACCUAUGACAUAGUAAACUUGAAGAAUAAAAACUACCCUCAGAAAUAUUUUUAAAAGAAGUAGCAAAUUAUCUUCAGUAUAAUCCAUGGUAACGUAUGCAGUAAUUCAAAUUGAUCUCUCUCAAUAGGUUUCUUAACAAUCUAAACUUGAAACAUCAAUGUUAAUUUUUGGAACUAUUGGGAUUUGUGACGCUUGUUGCAGUUUACCAAAACAAAUAUUUGAAAAUAUCUAGUAUCAACUGAAAUGUUGCCAUUCCAUUGUUGUAGUUAACAUCAUGAAUGGACUUCUUAAGCUGAUUACCCCACUGUGGGAACCAAAUUGGAUUCCUACUUUGUUGGACUCUCUUUCCUGAUUUUAACAAUUUACCAUCCCAUUCUCUGCCCUGUGAUUUUUUUAAAAGCGUAUUCAAUGUUCUGCAGCAUUGUGAUUGUAUGCUGGCUACACUGCUUUUAGAAUGCUCUUUCUCAUGAAGCAAGGAAAUAAAUUUGUUUGAAAUGACAUUUUCUCUCAUAAAA